AUGGGUGUCGAACUCGCUGGAAAUGGCCCUGGAGAGCCGCCCAUGAACCCCGAGAUCGCCGUCCCUCUAUUCGUCGUUGGAGGCUUCGUCACCACGAUGCUGCUAUAUCGAACCGUUAUCCGCUUGCAAAAUCGGCAACGCGAAAAGAUGGCCCUGCAGGGCGAUGAUCAGACCCAGCUCUCUAUGACACACAGAGCUGUUGCGAGUCUCAAGAAGAAUUUGCUCUAUGCACCGCUGUGGGGAUCGCGCCAUAGUCGGGAAUUUCGAUUUCUGCGACUUCAUAUGGGGUCUGUGCCCUUGCGGUUGGAAACAAUGCUGCUGGCAGUAUACCUUUCCUUGAAUAUCAUCUUUGUCUUUGUGACUGUUGAUUGGUGGGAAGGGUAUUCCGUGAAAAUGUUCCAGUUGAAGUAUGCGGCGGGUCAUUUAGCCGUGAUGAAUACCCCUGGCUUGGUGCUCAGUGCCGGGCGGAAUAACCCGCUAAUAAUGAUGCUCGGGCUUUCAUUCGAUACAUUCAAUUUUAUGCAUCGAUGGGUUGGACGUGUUAUCGCCGCGAACGCUGUGAUUCAUAUGAGUGCCGUUCUGGCGAAUCAAGCCUAUAUGCAUGGCGUGGAAUACAUUCUAUACACAAUUUGGCAAAUGCCAUUUUAUAUCUACGGCCUUGUGGCUAUCCUCGGAUUCAUUUUCAUUUCCAUUCAAUCCUUAUCUCCACUCCGCCACUCAUUCUACGAACUGUUCCUCCACUUACAUAUCGCACUGGCCGUCAUGUCCUUUGUGGCUCUCUGGUACCACCUCAAGAACCUACUACAACAGCGAGUCCUUUUGGGAACCUUGAUCUUAUGGGGUCUGGACCGAGCCAGCAGAGUCCUCAUUCUGCUCUGGAGAAACUGCUCAAAGCGCCGUACAACCGCCACAGUCGAGGCCCUACCAGGCUCGGUUGCAAAGGUUGAGGUAGAAGUGGCACGCGCCUGGAAAUUUCGACCAGGCCAGUACAUGUAUCUGUAUCUGCCGUGUCUGGGCCUUUGGACUUCACAUCCUUUUACUGUGGCAUGGUCAUCGACUGGCGGGUCGACGUUGAAUCACAAUGAAAAGCGUAGCUCGAGUGACUCUUUUGCGGCGCUUCUUGGUGGUUCCGAAACGACAACCAUGUCAGUCCUGAUCAAAGGACAGGAUGGCUUUACCAAAAAGCUUCUUCAGAAGGCAGAGGAUUCGCCCGGGGGAAAAAUCAAAGCUAUGGCAUUGGCAGAAGGACCAUUCGGUGGUCUUCAUUCAUUAAAUUCGUACGGAACCCUCCUUCUGAUCGCUGGUGGAAUCGGAAUCACACAUCCAAUGUCCUAUCUGCACGAAGUUGUCUCAAAUUUCACAUCUCGGACAUCCGCGACACGAAAGGUCCACCUAGUCUGGAUGAUCCGCAAUCUAGAUCACUUGACCUGGAUUCAAACAUGGAUGCUCGAAGUUCUAAGCCAUGACGCGCUUAACAGCUCAAUAGACCCCAAGGGUGAUACAUACUUCCAAUUCCCAGGUCUGAUGCUUUCCAUCCGGGUCCAUGUCACAGGCCACAAGGAUGAUAUCGAGGAGUACAUCCCGGCUCCAGAGACGCCGUGGACGGAAGCUGCUCCGGUGAAUGUACCAGUCAGUGUGGAAUUUGGCAAGCCCUGUUUUACGACGCUGCUGGAGAACGAGAAGGCAGAGCAGGUUGGUGCGAUGGCGGUUAGUGUUUGCGGCCCUGGUGGUCUUGGUGAUAGUGUUCGUGAAGCCGUUCGUCAUGUACAAGGCGAAAAGACGGUUGAUUUCUUUGAGGAAUCUUUCUCUUGGUGA